CUUAAAUAUUUAUUAAAAUAAAAAAUUGUAAGCUCGUCCCCCACGCGUCGUGCAUAAUUGUAGACUUUUCAACUUCUUCUGGAUCUUGUUCUUCUCUAUUUUUUUUCCCGACCUUUGACUUUCCUAUGGGAACCUCCACACUAUGAAUACCAACAAAAACUAUGAUUUUUCAGAAAAUAUUGGUUUGAAUCAGGAAAAGGACGUUACAGAGACCCAAUAAGGGCUUGUGUCGAUUUCAGAGGUUUGUUGGUACCCAAAAAGAAAAAUAAAAAAAUGGGUUCUUUCAAGGGUCAUGCUCUGCCAGGAACAUUAUUUCUUGUGGUUGGGUUGUGGCACAUAUGGUGCGCUUUGGUCAGGUUCUCAACGAACCCGAAGUCGUUUCGGGUUCGAGUCUGGAACCCAGUUCCAGGUUUUGGAGGAAGGCUCAAGUUCUUGGAGCUUUAUCUUAUAGCCAUCGGUGCUUUCAUUGAUAUGUGUAUUGAACUUCUCUACUCGCCCCAUCUCAAGUUUUUUGUGGAUGGAGUCUUGAACCCAUCUCACAUGAACGAUUUUGAGCACUCGGGGAUGCUUUUGAUGUUCUUUAUCUUUGGCCUUGUUGCUCUUCUCUCGGAAAAGACAAGACUACUUCCCUUGCCUGAAGGCACUCUAUGUUUGAUUGCUGCUACAGCUUUCUCUGCUGAGUACCUCUUGUUCUAUUUUCACUCAACAACACAUAAAGGCUUGGAGGGAUACUACCACCUCCUCCUUGUUCUCUUAAUUGGCCUUUGCAUACUAUCCACUGUUGUCGGAGCACUCUUACCAACUAGCUUCCCCGUCGAUUUGAGUUGUGGCAUUGCCAUGACUCUUCAAGGCCUAUGGUUUUAUCAGACUGCUUUCACUUUAUACGGCCCAAUGAUGCCAGAUGGUUGCCUGCUUAAGGAAGGUAAAGUUGUGUGUCACUCGGUGGACAGUGAGGUUCGGGGUGAGCUGCUUGCUAACCUCCAGCUUUUUGCCAUGGUUCUUGGAGUCUUCAUUUCAGUUGUGAGUGCUUAUGCCUUUGCUGCUGCUAGAUUUGGGCAUUCUGAUAUUAGGAGCUUGCACACAGGUCAAAAUGGAUUGGAUCAUGAUUAAGUUUAAGACUAUAGGGUAAGAAUUCCUAUAGUUGUGCUCUUCAUUUUUGCUUAGAGAAAGACCUUAGAAUCUUAUUGCUAUUUUUUUGGUCUCAUUUCAAUAAAAAAGAAAAAAGUUCAUGUUUGAAGCAUGCAAUGAAAACGGCAAUGAUGUUUACGGUAGAGAAUUUUAGUGGUAAUUACGUAAUGUAGAGUAUCUCUCUCUCUCCUUCAAUGUGACUUCUAUUGCAUCCAUUUUGGACUUUUAACUUUUAAGUUAUACAUUUUUGUUUAUGAAGCAUAAUGAAUACUUUUUUAAGAUCUUAAA